UUCGGAUGUCCUCUGUGGAAACUGGCUUGUGGAGGCUGGGGAGCUAAGGCUGGGUUUUGGGGAGGAAUACUCGACUUGAAGGCGCGCUUUCCUCUUCCUGGCUCCUCGUGGUCACCAGUAGCUCUCCGCAAAGUCCCUCUUCUCCCCUUCCCACUUCCUGUGCUCGCUGGGGCGUUUGCUGUGCUGCUGCUGAGUUCUGGGAAGUUGUGUCUGUCGAGGAUGGGGGUCUAUGGGUGCCUGUUCGUGCCCUGGAAGUGCCUCGUGGUCCUGUCUCUCAGGCUGCUGUUCCUUGUACCCACAGGAGUGCCCGUGCGCAGUGGAGAUGCCACCUUCCCCAAAGCUAUGGACAACGUGACGGUCCGGCAAGGGGAGAGCGCCACCCUCAGGUGCACAAUUGACAACCGAGUCACCCGGGUGGCCUGGCUAAACCGAAGCACAAUCCUGUAUGCUGGGAAUGACAAGUGGUGUUUGGACCCCCGUGUGGUCCUGCUGAGUAACACCCAGACCCAGUACAGCAUCGAGAUCCAAAAUGUGGAUGUGUAUGAUGAGGGCCCUUACACCUGCUCUGUGCAGACAGAUAACCACCCAAAGACCUCACGGGUCCACCUUAUCGUACAAGUAUCUCCCAAAAUUGUAGAGAUUUCUUCAGACAUCUCCAUUAAUGAAGGAAACAACAUCAGUCUCACCUGCAUAGCAACGGGUAGACCAGAGCCUACAGUUACCUGGAGACACAUCUCCCCCAAAGCAGUUGGCUUUGUUAGUGAGGAUGAAUACUUGGAAAUCCAGGGCAUCACUCGAGAGCAGUCGGGAGACUAUGAGUGCAGUGCCUCCAAUGAUGUGUCUGCACCCGUGGUACGGAGAGUGAAGGUCACCGUGAAUUAUCCACCAUACAUUUCAGAAGCUAAGGGCACAGGUGUCCCUGUGGGGCAAAAGGGAACACUGCAGUGUGAAGCCUCAGCGGUCCCUUCAGCAGAAUUCCAGUGGUACAAGGAUGACAAAAGGCUGGCUGAAGGAAAGAAGGGGGUCAAAGUGGAAAAUAGACCAUUCCUCUCAAAACUCAUCUUCUACAACGUCUCUGAGCAUGACUACGGGAACUAUACUUGUGUGGCCUCCAAUAAGUUGGGCUAUACUAAUGCCAGCAUCACACUAUUUGGCCCAGGCGCAGUCAGUGAGGUAAACAACGGCACGUCAAGGAGGGCUGGCUGCAUCUGGCUGUUACCUCUUCUGAUUUUGCACUUAGUCCUAAAAUUUUGAUGUGAGUGUCAUUUCCUCAACUCGGGAAGAGCUGCUGCCACUGCAACCACCAACAGAGCAACACCGUCAACACUGACAGCAAC